GAGGUCCACACCGCACUUUUAACCAGAGCUGCUCCGAAUGUAGGCAGAAUGCAAUGCCAGAUAAUAUCAACCUACACAGUUUCUAGCUCACAUAGUACAAUCUCACAUUGCUACGUACACACAUAGAUAGAUACAGACUAACAACUCUUGUCAAUAUGAGGACACACAAUCCAAAAUUUUAACCCGCACACUGUGGUAAAUAACUUCUUACAGUUCAUUAUAUGCAAGUAAACAAGGUUCGUGAGACCAGUAAAUUGCUCGAAUAGCUGAUUGGGCGUGCACUACUGCUUGUUUGUGACAUUACAUUUUUAACCACAUAACUUACACCAGUUGACACCUUGUGAAAACAUUUGUGAAAGCUGAAAAAUGCAUGGAUUUAAUUCUAAAUUCCACCGUCGGGGUGGAAAAUAAACAAUUAAUCCCAACAUUUAUCCUCGCACUGUAACACUUGUCAUCAACGAAGCAAUUGUCGUGUCGUUCUGUGUAGGCGUGCAAUAUUUACGAGGAGUGGAAACCAUUGUGGGAAGAACAACAAACUGACUGACUGGACAUUGAGUUGGGCCAGUUUUAUGAAAGGGGUUCCUGAGCGGGACAACAAGUCAUCCCAGCAAGACCGAGUGCUAUGCUCGUACUUAUUAUCAUACAAAGUAUGAACAAGUGACGUUCUCAAUCGUUCAUUAUAUUUACGAGAGUAAAAAACAGUCUAACCUACCAACUUUGGAACAUUACAAGAAAAACGUCCAACAAAAUUCCAAGAAUUCGGUCAAGGGGAGUUACCCUGUCCCACUGCUACAUACGCCAAGUGGUACUCAACACUGAGAGUGCAGCGUUACUGCCAAAUUAUCUCUCCUUCGCCAACAACAUCGCCUAAACCUCCACUCCAAGAGACAAAAAUGGACAAAAAUUCGAGUACAAAAUCCAAAACUCGGGCUGAGUGAGGAGUUCUUGUUCACAUUUAUGGUAGUUAUUCCAUCUCAACCAAGUUAGUUGACUUGAGGGAGUUGUGCUCUAACUGUUCAUAAAGCACUGUAAAAGAAGCACUCGAAAUUUGGCUCAUGGACAACACAGGCUAAAAUAAUUCACAAUCCAAUCACGCAAAGAGUGGUUGACUGGACGUGGCGAAAGUGUAUGUUCAGUUGUACGUAGGUCGUCCACUACGCGCUUCCCCACAAACCAUACGAGCAUCUAACAAAUUGAGGGAGUUAUUUGGCUGGUUUAACUUGAAACUCGGCCAAAAGUGUCAAUCUGCCUGCAGCAACAGAAGCACAAUCUCCUCCAUUUUCCAUUCCAAGUUGGUUGAGAAGUAGACCGCCACCAUUUCCGUGAAUGAGGCAGCAGCGAGAUAGUGCAAGUAAGGAAGAAAGGACAAACAAUGCCUCGCCACGCCACGCCAGAUUUUAUCAGUGAUAAAGCGAUCCAUACUUUUUAGUUUGCUGACUUUUCACUUUCACUCCACGUCGACUACACACACUUCAAACUACGGCAUGGUUUCCCCACCCUCCAUUCACAAAAUCAAUGCAAGCCUGUACACAACCGGGUUCCACUGCUGCUAAUGUGCAUGUCUCGUCCAAAGUCAGAGAGAGCUCCCGUGAUAAAUUGAGAAGAAAGAGAUAGAGAAGGAGCAAUUAAAUAUUACUCGGAGCUACCCGUGCUACUGCAGAGAUUGAGAUUGCAGUCUACAAUAAUCUAGUCAAUUUAGCUCACGUCGACUUCCCAUUGCUACAAUUAAGUUUAGUGCACUUGGUGCUAAUAAAGUUGGCAGCCCAACCAACGACUAAUCUUACCAGCUACCUACCUAAACAUUUAGUACGUAUCCGUAUACGCAUACUUCCACUGCAGCUCUGGGAAUUUGUUGGACUUCCCAAUCAAUCUUGAGCUUUUACUUUCCAAGAAAAAAAACAAUCCGAGUUUAUUAUCAUAACGAAACGGAGGGAACAAAGAAAAGUCAACCAGAGUGUCAUUCGAUAUGCUCUGUCAUUAAUUCUCAAAUUCUCCUCACCACCAGUCACCUCACAACAUCAUCGAAACGCCAUUUACAAGAUUCUCUCGAGUUAAUUUUGGACUAAAAGAAGAAAGAAGACGACGAUGACUGUGACUAUGCACGUUGAAACCAACAAGGAAAAAAAGUAGACCCGUCAUAAAAAACAACCGAGUGCAGUGCAGCAAACCUAACUUUUCCCCCUUUAGCUCCCAACUUGUACGUACUAAAUAUAUAUCGUCGUUAGUUAACCAAAGUGCUCGUUCCAAAAAGUUCCAAACACAUUUGACUCCUCCAAAGUCUGUAAAAGUUUAAAGGAAAAGAACAGCAGUGAACGAACGACACAAGGAAACUCCUGCUACUUAUUUCGACAUAGAUUAUUAUACGGAUCGCUGUCUUGGCUGGUCGUCAGUCACUCACACAGAUCACUUCCUUACGGAUCAACAAGUUUUCUGGUUGCCAUCUUAUCUCCGCCUCCUCAGCCAAGAUAUUAUCCGUAGGAGAUAAGCCAACAUGUCAUGGGAGAGGGUGGCCUGAAUUAAAUAAUACUCCGUCAAUACCACGCCACGAUAGAUGGAGACGAUCAGAUAGAGAGUGAGAGUAAGGCCACGUAAGUAAACAUAACUCUCACGGAGGAAGGAUUUGUGGGUGUAUAAUUUUUGUCUCCAAAUUUCUGCAUCUUGCUGACAGACUCAGUCAACAAUUCAAAGUUAAUAGUCUGCAUCGCCCUAAUUUCCCCUUGGAGAGAAAAGUGUGACCCCAUUGUGCAGCAUGCAGUUGUUAUUCUCCCACUGAACUCAACCAAUUUGAUGUCAUCUCAUCGGGAAAAUUGUGAAACAGGAGGCGAGGAGUGAACUUGAUCCAUAUACGUAAGAGAACAGCCACUGGUGAUGAUAAGCCCAAGUCGGACAAGGGGAAAUGUAGAUAAUCAUUAGAUAGAUCCAACCAUUAGCGAGAAAGAGCAGGAGGCAGAAGACGAGGGUAAAAGUUUUGUCGACUGACUCGGGACCGGUGCUAGAUAUACGGACCACGUCUUUCUGGUGGAAGUGGUGAUGCAGCAGUUGGCAGUGUUUCCACUUUUGAGUUGUACAUUCGAGACAUUUAUCACUCAAACGUGAUAACAUUGCAAACUACGGAAUACAUAACGCAACAUAACAUACGUACGUACGUAUGUAGCUAGAUAGAUAGCCAACUACUGACUCGAGGAGGAUCCAGAUUACUCUCACAAAACAUAAGACGUCGUAGUAAUAAUAAAAUAGUAAAAAAAAAAGUCGCCUACUUUCACCAAGGAUUAGGUGACAUAAACACAGAACGCACACAGCUCAGUAUUCAUAAGCUCUCCAUUAAUAAUAUGACUCUUGAGUUGGACUCGCACUAUCAAAGCUUGAUGGCCAGCAAGGGGAGAUCCUCGUCCAUGUGUGCACCCGGGUUUUCCGCGAUGGAGACGCAAGCCAUAGUGGCUGCAGCUGCAGCAGCGGGCAGGCGACAACAACUGCCCCCUCAGAACCUCAAUGGUCGCAACUACUCUCAAGAAGACUCUCGUCAGUAUGUGACUCGAGGUAGUGGAGGCAGCAUGCACAUUGCCAACGCCACGUCCACUCCAACAAGAACUAGAAAGCAGCAUGGGGCGCAUCGGAGUCAAAGUGCUCGAGUUCCAGGAUCACAACGCCCCAAAGUAAAACGAAGGGAACAGGAAUUGCAAGAAUACCAACAGCAUCUCGACCUCGCCUCCUCCGAAGGUGCUCUCAGAGACUGUCAAGAAUCCUACAACCCUUUUCUCAACAAAGUCCCCAGCACGGGACGACUCGUGACUUCUACUUCGCUCGAAAUGAGCCAAAACUCUCUCCAUCAACAACACCCCCACCACCAAGGCACACCCCCGCCAAUCCACCACCACCACCAACAGCAACAACAGCAGCAGCAAAUCAUCAACGCUGCCUUCCUCCUCGAUGCCCCACGAGAAUCGCCUCACCUCCGAAGGCGUCACAGCGGGGGCGGUUACGAGCGGAGAGGUUCCGCCGACCAUAAAGGUCUGACCGAACAAGGGGACAAGUAUGGCUAUGGUGGAGGACCAGUCAUCAUUCCCACCAUUGCCACCCCCGAAGGGUCCCCACUCCUCCCCAUGCGACGAGGGGGGAACAAUGGGGGGAGCAACAUGAAUUCAAACAGCAAGCCUGCAGGUCUCCCCAAGUCCCCCACCGCAUCCCGCUCGGGUUCUCAGCGGAGAGUGAACUCGAUGAAGAGUCCGCGGAGAACUCAGCAGGAGAGAUACCUGGAUGUUCCGGACAACAAUCCGCAGACUUCGCCUGAGGACGAGGAUGAAGAGUCGUACCGCCUGAGAUCCUUCAGCCUAACUCCCAAAGGGAUCGUGAACCGAGGAGACUCAUUUAGACGAAGACGUUCUCGCAGCAACAGCUUGAUCCCCACUCCCACCACUCCAGACCCACAACAGGGAGGAAACAAUGGGGCCUUCACAUCCGAAGAUGGACUCCUCAUGCCGGCCAACCUUAGCAGCAGAGCCAACAGUCGCAACAACAGCAGACGCUCCUCUCGUGCGUCUCCCAAUCAAACGCCAAACCAGAGUCCGCGACCAAGCAUUGUCCCACAGCCACCGUCCCCCACCGGCCCCACCACCCACUACAGAGUGGCCAUGAUUGGAGGGAGAGGAGUGGGCAAGUCAGCCCUAAUCUCACAAUUUCUCACCUCCGACUCAAUCAACGCCUACGACGGCCAAGACGAUGUGGAGGGAGAGAAGACCGUGUCCGUGAUGCUGAACGGGGAAGAAUCGGAAAUUACUUUCUUCAAGAUGAAUAACACGAAAACGGAACUGAACCGACUCACACCACCAGAUGGUUUUCUUCUCGUCUACUCCGUCGUGGAUCGAGCCAGCUUUCAGAGGAUGGAAACCGAACUUCGAAGACUCCAAGAAAUGGAUCUCCUCAGAACCAAGGCUGUUGUUAUUGUGGCCAAUAAAAUUGACUUAGCCAGAAGCAGAGUAAUAGGAACUCAAGAUGGUCGAUGCAUUGCCGUCGCUAACCGUGUCAAAUUUAUGGAGAUUUCCGUCGGAAUUAAUCACAACGUUGAUGAGCUCCUCGUUGGAAUUCUACAUCAAAUUCGAUUAAAAAUAGAACUUUGUGGAACUCAAGAUCAUUGGUGCAAACAUCGAGGGAUUCUAAAAGCCAGUGCUAAGGCGAGGCAAAUGCUGACUUGGUUGUUGGGAAAAGAAGACGCAAAGUUUAAGAACUGUGAAAACCUUCACAUCCUCUAAUUAUUGGAGACACCUAGGCUAAACUUGUCAUCACAAUUUGGUGGAGAACAUCAAGAAGAAGCAGAUCCAGGAAUAAUCCAGUCGAGUCCAAUAACGUCAAAACCUCGGGAAUGAUUAAUUUUUAAUUUUUCAUAAAAUAUUGCGAAGACAAAUUGACCACGAAAUUAUGCUACGAAAAAGCCUACAAUUACCUUCCUCCCAAAUUAACCUCCCUCCCUCAUUCCGCUAUUCAAUAGUAAUAUUUUCGCCAUUUAUAUAACCAGAAUAAUAUAUCUAGCAAAAAAUCAUAUUUCUGAAAAUACUAUUAAAUUAUAUAGAGAAGCGGUUUGGCAUUGCAUUUUACCAAACACGACAAUCACUCUACCCAUUUAUUCAAGAUAAUUAUGGUGAAUUGAAAACUAUAGAAAAUUUAUAAGAUCUUGGUUACAGAUUUCAUGCAGGUUCAACUUCUACCCAGUAAACGCUUCUCUUUUUUAUUCUAGCUCUAAACUAGCAACUACAGUAAUUGUAGAAUGUAAUCUAUUUUACUUUGAAUCUGGAUCGAUAUAGAAGAGUUUGUCCACGGGAAUGGGCGAGGGAGGAAGUUUAUAGUUGUUCACGAGUAUGUAAGAGUUUUGGAAUACUCAUUUUACAAAAAAAUGCUUUGGAAAUUGGAUGGAAUGCAAUGCAAACUGUCUCUGCUUCCGUCAUUUUAGUUUUUAUGCAAUUUUAUAUUGAAACCGUUUAAUUGUUCCAAAGUUCAAACAUUAAAAAUGGAUCAAACAAGAAUUUAAUCGAGGUCCACGAGUUAAAUCCUACUUUAAACCCCGUGAAAUUAAACGACUACGAGAUUUAUAAAUCGAUGUGUACAUAAUGUAUUUAAUGAUUGUCAGUGUGACAUGGAUAAUAUUAAAUUCCCAACUAACAAUGUGUUGCUCGCCCAUAUAGAAACUAUAUAUAUAUUUCCCUACUGAUAAGUGCACGGAUGUGAACAGCGAAUUUAUGCUAUAAAUAUGAUGUGUUGUGUGUACCGAUGGUAAUGCAAGUUAUUCAUACAGAGAAGAGGGCUGUGAAUGUCAAUAAUACUUAUUAUUUUUUAAGUAACUACACAAAAAACGGCAAGGGUAAAUCCGAUAAAUGUUAUUCACAUACUGUAAACUUAUCUAUUUUGCCACUCAUUGGUAACUUUUGACUCUAAAGUGUUGUGUCUGGCGAAAUGACUGCAUAAUCGAAAUAUAAUAUUAUUCCUGAACGACUGGUUGGGCGGAAUGACGCAAGAAUUUUGUAAUCUUUGAGAAUAAUUACGUUAACUCUAAUUUUAUACUUUCCUUCUACAAAGCACCCAUCUUUACAACUGUUACUCAUAUUUUAUAACCGUAGUGCAGCAGUGAUUUACUUAUUCUACUAAAGUACCACCUGGACUUGAAAUUAUGUCUAAUUGUGUAGAAACUGUGUAAAUACAAUUUUCAACUAGAGUACAAUUAUUCAAGUGUAAUAGAAG